CGUGACUUCAAACAGGAACCAUAGGAAGGAAGGCGAAUAAAUCAAGAUGGCGUUCCACUAUGAAGCAUGAAAGAGAUUUCGAUUCCAAUAACAUUUAUUUUAACAUAAAGUUUGAAGAAGGUGUCUUUGCUUUGAGGUGUACGUACGUUUUUGGAGAAGCAAGACGGAGCAGAUAAUACGGACUCUAAAUGGCUGCGAGGAAGUCUGAUACCCACAACAAUGGACCCAUCAGCUACCUUGAUGACGUUCCAUUUAAAAUCAACGAUAAGUUCCGCUGCCCUGCCAAAGUGGGUCUUCCUGUUGGCUUCUGCCUGCCUGACUGUCUCUCUGUGCUUGCAGACCUGCAGUAUGACUUCUCCCUGGAGAGGCGGAGUGUGCGCUGGGGGGCGGAGCUGGCCGAAGCCAGGAUGGCGGAGGCCCGAGCUGCAGAGUUUGCCAGGGUGGAGUUGGAGAGCAGGGAGCACUUACCCCCCGCACAAGACCCUGACGGGGGAUUGGCCGGCGGGGGCAAGAGGCCUCGCCCCGCCGAGGAGCAGGAUGCUCUCCCGCCCGCAUUGAAUCCGCUGAUGGCCGCACUGCGCCACAAUGCCAUCCUCACCCCGCUGCCCGCGCCCGCCAGGCAGACCGCUCCCAGCAUCCCGGAGCCCCAGUACCUUAACCUGGCUGACUUUGAGCGAGAGGAGGACCCCUUUGACAAGCUGGAACUGAAAACGCUGGACGAUAGGGAGGAGCUGCGCAACAUCCUCCAGAGCCAGCCCCAGCAGCAGUCUGUAUCCCCACCUGGGGAACCCCAGCCCGAGCUGGCAUCGCGAGGCAGCACGCCUCCACCCCAACUCCUCGCCACCAGCCUUCCGGCAAAAACGUCCUUUUCCCUCAACGGGCUGGUGGCGCAACUGGACAUGGACAGAGCUGGGAGUCUGGCCCAGGGACGGACAAUGGACCCAGACCGGCCCUGCAACAUCCGCUCGCUGACCUUCCCCAAGCUGUCGGACCAAGGGGACUUGUUAUUUGACUCCUACUCUCCAGCCCCUGUACCACCUAGCCUAUCCACCGGCAGCCCACCGGCAGCCCAGCAGAAGACAGAGGAGCCACCCAGGCACACCCAAAAUGGGGCACCAAAGCAGAUAAAUGCAGGUCCUCUCCAGUGCGGCGCGGCACUGCUCAACCUGUCUCCCAGUGGGCGGCAAUGUGUGGAGACCAUCGUGUCCAUGGGGUACUCCUACGAGGGGGUCCUGCGGGCCAUGCAGAGGCGAGGCCAGAAUGUGGAGCAGGUGCUGGAGUACCUGUUUACUCAUACGCGUCUUUGUGAGCGGGGAUUUGAGCCCAGUGCCGUAGAGGAGGGCUUAGAGAUGUACCAGUGCUCUGAAGAGAAGGCCUUAGAGUUCCUGUCGCUGAUGACGCGGUUCGGCGAGAUGGGCUUUGAAAGGGACACCAUCAAGGAGGUGCUACUGGUGCACAACAAUGACCAGGAAAAGGCUCUGGAGGACCUCAUGUCCCGUGCCACAGCCAGCUGAGCCCCCGCUUCAACCAUCCACCCACAUGCUCCUUGCUGGCUUCCUCCCACCCUACACACAUACACACACGCACAACCCCCAUGUUUCAACAGUGUUGCAGCACAGAGGGGUGAACUCCGACCCAACGCAGCUCAUGACUUCCGCUCAUGAUCCCACUCUGUUCCACUCUCACACAGUGACUCUAAGCGAGCAAACACGUACACUUCCAUAGUCUAUUCUUCUGUUUUUAGUGUGAGGGUGUAAAUGGAAGAAUAUGAGGAGCACCUGCGAGUUGAGGUGGUUGGUUUGUGCUGACCACACCAGGGAAACUUGCCUGUUUUUUUUCUUUUACAUUUCCUAGCAUGUCAAUCGACGUGUGUGCACCGUGAUGGUUGGAAAGGAGGCAUGAACUUCCCAAAGGAGCAUAGAGGAGGAGACCCAAUGCUGCACAGCACUUUGGUGAGUGUGUCUGACUCUGUGGAUGGGAACAAUGGGCCCCGAACUAGGAGGAACCACUAGCCAGGCUCUACUUUCUACAGAUGCACAGUUAACACUCCCAGCUAACUAAGCUGCCAUCUUCCGCUGCCCAACAUAGGCCUACAAAAUGGUAGAGUGGAGGGGACGCCAAGUGGCCCAUGUGUGACUAACUGACCGACUGAUGCCAGAACCUAAAAACACAACUGGCAUCGUCGCAGAACAGAGAACUGAGUUCAAGAAGUGCCCCCUCUGUUCCCGCGACUGGCGUUCACCGAUCUUCCUCAUCUUUUCUCUGCUGUCGUUUUGCUUAUUAAUUUGUCAGUUUGUUCAAAAGGACACACAUUGUUAUUGUUUCCCGAGUCCUUGUAUAGAGAUUCUUUCUUUGCUUUCUGUUUUAGGAACUGCAUUAACAAACCUUAAAAGUAAUAAUAACAUAACUGCUACUACUGCCCGUUGGCUCGUACUGCACUGGAACGGACUGCAAGACCAGUGAAGAGAAGAGGUGGUCAAAUUAUUUUGCAGGAAACAUGUCCAAACACUCACUGGCACAGAAGUGUGACAAACUGUACAGACAAAUACACACCUCGCCAAGAUAGAUAUUGACUUAUUUAAAAUUGCAGACAUUGUAGUAAUAAAGAGAUGAAAUAUGAUCUAAAAUGAGAACCUUGUAUGAGAAGCAAGCACUAGGAUGCAAGUGGUGCUUUGAAAUGGUCCCUUUUGGUUUUGAUUCAGACUGGACAGAGAGCUGGGAAAAAAUAAUUGUUUUUGCAACCUAAACUUUUGUGCAAUAUGUUUUAUGAUGUGUGGCUGACUGGCAUAUUUUUGGGACCCAGUAAACCUUGGGUCUAAGCAGUGAGUAACUCCCAAAAUGACAGAUUGCCUUUGCUAGAGAGACACUCACUGGAGGAGGAAAUCUGUAAAAAAAACAUUUGAUUUAAUUGUCUGCUGUCAUUUACUCCCCUCAUUUACUGAAGAUCAGGGUCUGCUAUCAACUAUGAUUGUGAUCUUUGUAACACACAUUCAUGCUGAUCUGAAAGUGUUUUUGCCUCUUUGCCUGGUGUCAUGCAUAGGAAUCGGACUGGCAAAUCUUCAAACAGCUUGUCAGUUAAAUUAUUAACCAAAUUCAUUAGGGUGAUUUAUUUGAUUUUAUAAUUGUAUUUCAUAUAGCUAUGUUUUCACCUUGCAUCAACCCUUUUUUAUUGACCUGUGUAUAUGAGUCUACAGGUGAUUUUGAAGUGCCAUGAUGCUCUCCAUUUCAUGUGUGAAUCUUGUGCAGAAAGCUGCUUUCCUCUCCCAACCAAGCAGCCAGUCGAUUCAAGCUUCAUGAUUACUUUCCUAGUGUAAUGACCAAUGUCUUUAGAAUACAACUGUCUUGAUCUCUCUGGUAAUCAAGAGGAUCUUGUGACAAAUUACAACAUUAACAUUUGAUUUUAAGAUUCAGGGCUGAGAAGUUGAAUGCAGUACAUGGGAAUGUGACUGAAAAUUGGCACUUACCUCUGAGGUUGUACCUAGUUCUACCAGAAGACAUGCACAAAUCAAUUGUUGCAGAUUUACAUUAUCACAUAGGCCUACUAUUGUAAGAAGGAUCUGUUAUUGAGAGCAUACGGUCUGUGGAGUUUGAUCUUUGUAUUGAUAUGUUGGCAAUACGUGUGUGUGCGCGUCUGCAUCUGAGAGUGGUAGAGGAGAGCAGACCGAAGGGGCUUUCUGGUAUUAUAAGAAACUGGACACCAACAGUGUUCAGAGCGCUUUGUACACAAAUGUGAACCGGUCUAGAAUCUCCCCUAAAUAGCUGUCUUAACGUCUAAGAGAUUAAAACACCCCAGAUUCCAUUCUGAAUUAUUAGACUUGAGUAUAGUGUCUAAACGCAAGACCACCUCCAGAUCUUGCUCUGAACUAAAGUAAACAUUUUGCCUCCUGAUAACUGGUCAAUUUCCUUUCGAUAUGACUGGCUUCUUGGGGGGGGGGGGGCACAAGAUGCCAUGGAACAUGGUGAUGGUUGAGGGGGAAAAACAUAUUGCUGGCCUGCUUUCUGUAUUGUGGACAUUAUUGGGUCUAAUCUUAACUUGAGAUCUUGGUUUUGUAGUAAGCCUCGGAGUCAGUGAGAGACUUGAAGUGUGGGUCUGAUAUGACGUCUUAAAUUAUAAAAAUAAGGAGUUGUGUUCCUGGUAGCCCCUGAAAUGUGAUUUAAAAAAUGUCAGUUUACUCCUGAAUCAUUUGGCAAUUCUUCAAUGUGAUUAAAUGUACACAUCUUUUCAA